UAGACUGGUCGUCGAAGCUGGAGAUGAAGAAAUCCCUCAUUUCCUUCUUUUCCAAUAUGUCGGUUUUCGGGCCGGUUGUGAAGGUUCAUCCCGUCGUCCUAGCUUCCAUUUGCGACUCGUACGAGCGACGAAAUGAGGGAGCGAGUCGCGUGAUUGGCACCCUGUUGGGUACCAUCGACAAGCACUCGAUCGAGGUGACCAACUGCUUCUCGGUGCCCCACAAUGAGUCUGAAGACGAGGUCGCCGUUGACAUGGAGUUUGCCAAAAACAUGUACGAGCUACACAAGCGUGUGUCGCCCAGCGAGGUCAUCAUCGGCUGGUACGCCACAGGCUUUGAUAUCACUGAGCACUCUGUGCUCAUCCACGAGUACUACAGCCGCGAGGCAACCAACCCCAUUCACCUGACCGCUGACACAGCCCUGCAGAGCGGCAAGAUGAAUAUUCGUGCCUACGUCAGUGCACAAAUGGGCGUGCCCGGGAAGACGGUCGGCGUGAUGUUUACGCCACUCACAGUCAAAUAUGUCUACUAUGACACAGAGAGGAUAGGCGUGGACCUUUUGCAGAGGACACGCCUCAUUCCUAGUCGCGCCAAGGGCCUAACGUCGGACCUCUCCCAGGUGGCCGGCUCAGCUGCACGCGUUCAGGACAUGCUGACCACCGUGCUAGCGUACAUCGAGGACGUGCUGUCUGGCAAGGUGACUGCAGACAACAGCGUGGGCCGCUUCCUGAUGGACCUGGUCAACAAGGUACCCACCAUCUCAGCAGAGGACUUUGAGACUAUGAUCAACUCCAACAUCAACGACCUCCUGAUGGUAACGUACCUGUCCAACCUCACCCAAGCACAGAUCGCCCUGAAUGAGAAGCUGGUGCUGCUCUGAGGCGCUAUUUAAUUUUUGGUUACAAGUUGCCCUUUUCUGAGAUGAAUAAAAGCCAAAUAUUCCCAGA